CGCACACACGCGCGUAGCACACGUUUCUUGUUGAAUAACCGUUAUUGACUUAUUUUCAAACUCCUUCGAUUGUGUGACCACAUCACCACUCGUAGCAUCGACAUAUUUCUCUGUCCAGUGAUUAAUGUAUUUUCUAUUAUGGCAAUUGGACGCAGUGCGCAUGCGACGAAUAGUAUUAUUACAGGGACGUUUAACGUGAUCACACGGGUUCGCCGGUCGCUUUUGGGCUCUCGAGAAAAGUGUUCGUAGUGCUUUCAAUACAAACUUUUAUCCACGGUGAAGCUGUCCAUUGGUUCCGUGAAUUUUUAAUUAAUGAAAGUGAAUGAAAUUGUUAUUCGUCUUGUGUUCAGGGUCAAGGCAUCAUGAACGCCAAUAGCUGUGAUAAUGAUAAAAAUGAGAACUUAAGAGCGACGAACGUGACCAAUUUCGAUUUAAGUUCCGCCAAAAUUAACAAUCACACAGAGAAACACGAACAAAAAAUAUUAUUCGGAAAAUUGUUUGAAGCACUACCAACCGGUCCUGAAUUAAAACAAUAUAUCGCCGUUUUUAUUUGUGGUUUAACACUAUGGGGCACAUCAUGGUUUAUAUUCAAAGACGCAGUGCUUCCAGACGGGUACCUGUUCAAUAUGAGUGGAGUGGUCAUAGCAGGGUACAUAUUUGGUCACACACUGGAAAGAUACACAGCAAUCCAUCCAGUCGUUGGCAUGACAUUGGCGGGAGCUCUCUACAGACAAUUUGGACCUCCAAACUUUCUAGACAAUCCCUCUGCAGAUCUCAUUGAUUUCCAUUUAAGGCGAAUCUACCCCGUCAUUAUUCUGACGAAGGGACCACUCACUUGGAACUGGGAAUAUAUAAAAAAUAAUUCAGUGAAAGUUUUCUCAUUGGCCACUCUGCCCUGGAUAGUCGAGUGUUUAUCUACUGCCUUCUUUGCCCACAUACUACUCGACUACCCUUGGUACUGGGGUCUACACCUCGGUUCCAUCCUAGCUUCAGUGUCACCAGCUAUAGUGGCGCCACCAUUAUACAAAUUCGAUGAAAGAGGGAUAGGAACUAAAAGUCAAAUAGCACCGGUGGUGCUAAAUGCUGGAGGAAUUGAUACUGCAUUCACGGAAGGCGUGUGCGGAGUAAUCAACAGUGCAAUAUUUUACCCCGCGCCUCUGGUAUACAGGAUUGUGAAGGGUUUGCUGGCUAUAUUCGUCGGUAUCGCCCUCGGAAUAUUCUGGGGAGUGUUAUCAGACUGUCUGCCGGAUCACAGUGACAUAUACGCACCUACAAUCCGAAGCCUGCUCAUUUUUGGCGGAGGUUUGUUGUUGACGUACGCCGGUGGAUAUCUCGGAUGGGGUGGCACCUCUGGUGUAGCGAUCAUGGUGUGUGCUGGUACAGCCGCGACGCGCUGGUCUCGUCGCGAUUGGCCUCUCGCAAACAAUCCAGUCUGGGAAGUCUACAAGCUACUCUGGAGAAUAUUCGAACCAAUGCUCUUCGCCCUUAGCGGGUAUUUCUUAGAUAUAUCACAAAUAAAUGUGAAGGAGCUGUGCCUGAUCCUGGGAUGCAUCUCCUCAGCACUAGUGCUCCGGCUGCUGACAGCUUUUCUCGUCGCACUAGCUAACGAGCUGUCGAUCAAGGAGAGUCUUUUUAUCGCCGUCACUUGGAUACCUAAAGCUAUUGUGGAGGCUGUCCUCGUGCGGGUUGCAAUGGAUUCCCUGUGGGUGGACGCGACCUCAAAAGACAGACGGAUAGCUUCGCAGCAUUCAAAUAUCAUCGUUAUUGCAAUACUAAUAACGUCUACUUUGGGAUCUGCGCUAACAUCGGCAUUGGGUCCUGUCCUACUCUCACACGAUUCCAGGGUCGCCCCUGAAGAUUUUUACCCGUCGCAGACGCUAUCACCGCCGGUGUCAUCGAACCUCGUUCGACGAAACAAUACCCCUAACUCGCUCCAGUAUAUAGACGUUCAAUAA